AUGGAUGAAUACAUUGGUAGUGAUUGGGAACCAAUAUUAUCUAUUUCAACUGAUGCAACUCUUCCAUCAACCACUACUAUACUUGGUACCACAGUUAAUCAUCAUAUAAGUUGGGGCGCAAUUGUCCUAUCUAUUAUUAUGGGUGCUAUUUCUGUUAUUACAGUUGUUGGUAAUUCAGCUGUUUUAUUAUGCUAUUAUUUGGAUAAAAAUAUUCGUCAACCGAGCAAUUAUUUCAUUUUUUCAUUGGCAAUCUCAGAUUUG